CGCUGGCGGGACGCUUUCGUUCGUCGUCCUCGACUAUUGAUAUAAGAACACACCCACAGAGUUUGACACACCUUUACUUUGUAGUUAAUUAUUGCACAUUCUUUCCGGACCGAACUAAGUCUAAAAUGACGGAGCAAAAGAAUUGUUCAGAACUUGCUACGCAAAUAUUAAAAGAUGCUCCCGCGUCGAGAAAAGCGCUUAUUGACAACUAUAACAACCUUCACAAAGUGGCCGAUUACUGUGAAAACAAUUAUUUAGGCCUACAGGAUGAGGACACAUGGAGGGGUUUGGAGGAGACCAAGGCUUUGACCACUCAGGCUUUGGCCAGUGUGGCCUACCAGAUCAACAGCCUAGCCACUUCUGUCCUGAGACUGCUGGACACCCAGGCCAUGCAGCUGAAAGACAUGGAGAACUCCCUCAACCUCCUCUCUCUGGCUGUAGCUAUCCAUCAGGAGAAGGUGUCUCGGAGAGAGAUGGGAAUUUUCACCACAGUAACGAAGUUGGCUUGCGCCAAAUUAAUGAGCCCUCCCAAAGCUGGCCGUGAGCCCGAGGGUUGCUACAUCAGAAGACCCAUAUCCUUCACCGAACUGGACACACUGGGCCACAGCUUUAACCUCAAUGAGUUGCAGCCUCGGAAAAGAACAGUGACCACAGAGAGCGUGCGGAGUACAGGGAGCUGUGGCCCUGUGGAGUGUCCCGUUGCUCCUGCUACCCAGCCUGGGGAACCCUCCUCAGCCAGUGUCAAUAAGGAUUUCUAUAGGUCCAAUCUUGGCAUUAAUGUGGCCCUACCAUCGGUGCCCACCUUGCCAGUCUCCUCAAACCUCACCCAAAACUGCCCACAACCCCCUCCUGGAUCCACGUUUGACUCCAACAUCCCACCUCCUCCUCCACCACCUGGCUCCAUGGGCACUGGUCCUCCUCCUACACCCUCCAUGACCUCAUCAAAUAACCUCCCUCCUCCUACACCGAAUGCAUCCCCUAAUGUUCCCUCUCCGCCACCCCCUCCUCCACCUCCUGCCAGCUCAUCAAAUAGCUUCCCCCCUCCUCCUCCUCCUCCACCUGGUUCAAUGGGUAAUGCUCCACCUCCUCCGCCACCUCCACCUCUCCCCAGCUCAUCAAAUAGCUUACUCCCUCCUCCACCUCCACAUGGUUCAAUGGGUAAUACUCCUCCUCAUCYUCCUCCCAGCUCAUCAAAUAGCUUCCUCCCUCCUCCUCCUCCUCCUCCUCCACCUGGUUCAAUGGGUAAUGUUCCACCUCCUCCGCCACCUCCACCUCCUCCCAGCUCAUCAAAUAGCUUCCCCCCUCCUCCACCUCCACCUCCACCUGGUUCAAUGGGUAAUGCUCCUCCUCAUCCUCCACCUCCUCCCAGCUCAUCAAAUAGCUUCCCCCCUCCUCCUCCACCUGGUUCAAUGGGUAAUGCUCCUCCUCCUCCACCACCUCCUCCUCCUCUCCCUGGUACCUCCACUAAGGUGCCCCCACCUCCUCCACCACCCCCACCUCCUCUUCCAUAACUUAUAUUGUUACGUGUCUUCCCUAUCUACCUUCUGCUAUGUAGGGAUUACAUGGCACAGCAAUGAAUUGAACUGAAUAUGGUAUGUAGCAUGAAUGCAGUGUGUGAUCAUGAUUGAGUUUUUAUGAAUAUGUGUUAAACAAAUGUGAUUUAUUUCAAUUUGAAAGUAUAUUGAUGACAGGAUUCUGCAUUAAAGGAAGUUUUUAAAUCUA